GUUAUAUUUAUACGGUUUUAUUAAUUUUAUUUGGUUGUGGAAUAAGUAAUUAAUAAAAGAGAUUACUAAAAUCGCCAUAGUGAUGUGGUUAUUGGGCUUCUUAAUUUUUUCAUUAACGUCACCAUUGUGUACAGCGGAAAAAAUCUUGGUUUUGUCGCCUGUAGCUAUCAAGAGUCACGAUAUAUUGAACCACGCGCUGGUGAAUAUACUAUUGGAAGCAGGUUAUGAGGUGACUCACAUUACGGUAACUCCACGCAAAAAACUUCAUCCUAACCUUCGACAAAUUAACGUGAGUUCUAACACUAAAGUGGGUAAUAGACUAAACUUAAAAAGUGCUAUAAACUCUCCCAAUGGAAUUGAAAACGAUAGACAUUUCACACACUUUGUGACUAAGAUGUUUACUAAAGUUUUGCAACACAGUGAUACAGAUAAACUACUGACAGACACUACACAGCGCUUCGAUUUAAUAAUAUCUGAAUGGCUAUUCAACGACAUGUAUACUGGAUUGGCAGCAUUAUACGACUGCCCAUUUAUUUGGUUUUUCACAACGGAGCCACAUUGGAUGUUAUUACGGACCAUUGACAAGGACACAACCACGCCCAAUUUAGUCAAGGACAUUUACGAAAGAGGUGCGUUCAAGAAGGUAUUUGGUCCACUUAUGGCAUUGAGAGGAAAAUCUUUCCGCACCUAUGAAGAAAUGAUGUCUGUCGCUUCCUUGGUAUUUAUGAAUUCUCAUCAGGGAUUGAGUAAAGCAGAUGUUUGGCCAGAUAAAUUCAUACCCGUCGCCGGAUACCACAUUGACGAAGACAUAAAACCAUUACCUAAUGAUUUGAAAAUUCUUAUGGAUAACGCGAAGUUUGGUGUAAUUUAUUUUAGUCUGGGAUCAUAUUUGGAUGGUCAUGAUAUACCAGAAGAACAAAUGGAUGACUUGAUUGAUAUGUUUGGUGAAUUGAAACAAACAAUUAUAUGGAAUCUAGAUCUAACUUUUGUACGUCUACCCAGUAAUAUCCAUGUUAUUAAUUGGGCACCACAACAAAGUAUUUUAGCUCAUCCCAACUGCAUUUUAUUUAUAACACAUGGUGGUGUAAUUUCUAAAAUCGAAUCCGUUCACUUUGGUGUACCGACAAUAGGUAUUCCUGUUUAUGGUGAUCAAUUUGCUAACGUUGAAAGUUCAGUGAUGAAAGGAAUUUCAAUUAAAGUUAAUGUUUCUGGAUUUUUGGCGAGAGAUAUUAAAAAUGCUAUCGUUGAAAUGCUUAGUACUCCAAGCUAUCGUCAAAACAUUAGAAAAGUGUCAAAGUCGUUCCACAACCGGACAAUGUCACCUAAAGAAGAAUUAUUGCACCGGGUCAACCAGACUAUUCGUUCUGGAGUUCCUGAAUUACUUAAACCAGGUCGAGCAGCUGUGUUUAAGGAAAUAUUUGUUUCAAUUCUUGUCAUUCUGCUAAUUUUAUCCACAAUCUUUGGAAAACAAAUUAUUGAAGGCUCCCAAAAGUAUAAAAUACUUUAAGAGUUAACUAAACAUGAAAAGAUAAUUCUUUUUUUCGAUUGUCAAGUAAUUUUUU